GCCUCGCACUUGGUUCCAGGCGAAGCCGUGGCGUACUGGUCGGGACAUUCGGCGAGACAUGUCCUGCCGUCACUUGCUGCAGCGAUUGGCGUCCCGGACGAGAAGAUUAACUUUUUGGGGCGUUGGGCGGCCGCCAAAUCUGCAUCCUCAACCUAUGUACAGACAAGCAGGCAAGUGAUCCAUCAGGUCCAGUCCGCGAUUUGUACUUCGCUGCUGGAGGGCGUGCCGAAACCGGGCUAUAUCGAGGAAGAGCUGCUUCAGGACCUCAAUGAAUUUGGUGUGGCCCGCGGCCUUACAAAUGGUCUCCUUAUUAAGGCCCAUACAGUUUUGGAGUGGGAUCGGGAGAGCCAGACUUGGUCAUUGGGCGGGAAAUUCCCCGCAAUCAGCGUCGAAGCUGCUUCAUUAGAUAGGGCAUUAGCCGAGGCACGAAUCACUGAGGCGCCACAUGAGGCAGAGCCAGUGCCCGAUGCACCUUUCUUCGUCACAGUCAGCCGGAGUGGGUUCAGACGUCUUCAUGUUAGCAAAACCUGCGCAGUUCGUCAGGAGCGUUGCCUUGAGUGGACAUCUUUGCAGCAGGUCACAGCUGAGUGCGCAGAUGCAGUGUGCAAGUUGCGCAAACCUAGGCUGGACUCGCUUGAAGACAUUUCUAGAAUUGCCGGUUGGCAGAUUCAUUUGGGAACAGCCGAGUCAGAGUGGCUGCCCUGGCUAGGCUCCAGGAUGGAACUGCCUGACGGAGUCACAGAAGAUGCCGCGGUGCUCUACCUGUCUUCUAAGGUGAUUUUUUUUGCACUCGAUGGGGCAGCCGAUCUUCCCAGUCGGGCCGCAGUUGCCGCUAUCAUCAGUGCAUGGGAGUCCUGCCAGCACUUUGCAGUCAAGGAGGCCGAAUUGAAAGCAGCAGCAAAGGUCCUUGGGGUCACGCGCCCAGUGACACAAACUGAUCGCAUGGCGAUGAAGGUCUCAUACGAGAAGACGUAUGGCACUAUCGAGGACUCCGUUGAACCUUCGGAUGACUAUCUAUCGAGCAAACUCGAAGAGCUCGAGUCUCACGAGCCUUGCGCAUCACAGCUAUCAGAGGUGACCAGUAAGAAGAACGCCGGCACGAUGGGCAUUCAAACUUCCGUGGACACAUCCGGCCACGUUCGCAUAGUCAAAAGCAAGCAGAAAGACAACUUCGUCAAGAAUCGUGAAAUGCUGCGCGACAUGACCCCAAGAGUUUGGGAGGGCUACACCAAUUUCCUUCUGGGCGAGCGCUGCUUCCUCAUGAAGAUCCACGGGGGCGGAGUCAAAGGCAUGGAGGGCUCCAUGCUUCGGCCACCAUGGCACAUUCUUCUCAGUUUCGAGUACGAGCUACGGAAGGAGGCCAUCAAGAAGGCCCAUCAUGAUAACCGCCCACUCAAGGACACCCUUGCAGAGGUCGUCAAGGACCCAGAGCUCAAAGAACGAUUUUUCACAAAAUGUUGGAGAGCGGGCCAGGCCAAGGGCAAGCCGUCCAAAGGCAAGAGCGACAAGGCAGGCAAGAGUAACAAUGGCCUCGUGGACCGCACGCCGGAUGGCCGCGAAAUUUGCUUUGCAUUCAAUGCGCAGGGCUGCGAUGGCACUUGCGGCAGAAUCCACAUUUGCAGAGUGCGCGGCUGCGGUGAGGCACACGCAAUGUGGGAGCAUUUCCGACGGCUCUCGCUCAAGGGCAAGCCAGACAAUGCCACUGCGGCAAACUGA